AUACUAGUUCCAAUAUGGCUGUUUGUUAGAUGGCGAAGCUGUUUCUGGCUAGGGAUGUCAUGCUAGCUUAUGUCAUGUUUAAAGCCCUCUUUCCUAAUUUACGGGUUUUAUUCCUAAUAUCACCUCAGUUUUAAUUUAUAGAAUUUAACUGUAUUUAUGAUUUAAUAAUUUUCAUAUAUUAGUAAACAUGCACAUAGGUAAUAUUGUGUCGCUCUGUUGCGGCUUAAAAAAGAAAAAUGUAACAUGUUUGCAUUGUCACUCUUUGAAAUGAGAUAUGGAAGCAAGGGGUGAUAGGGAUGAUAUUGUGAUGUUGUCCAAGUCCAGCAGUGAAAUUGAACUUCCUGAAGAAAAUGGCAUUAUCGAUGUGGAAAAUGAUGCCAGUGUCAAGAUAGAAAGAACUGAGGCUUCAAGCUCUGCAAAUCCAGUUGCUGAUGAGCUUGCUGCUGAUGACAUCCAAAACUUUAUUGGCCAGCCUUGGACAAACUGGGAAGCUGCAAUGUGUCGGAGUCCCUUGACUCCAGAAGUACCAUCCAAAGUUUAUGAAAGUGAUUGCACUACCCUCUCUUUUGAAGACAAGCGAUGGGCAGGUGAAAUUCCUGGAAUAGAACCAUUCAUUGCCCAUGUUUGCAGUUUAUGUAAGGCCACAGUGAAACCAGGUUUCUUGACACAACAUUAUGCUUUGUGGCAUAAUGUAAAGCCAGAUGAUCCUCUUCCUAAUUUUGAAGAACUGAAAAAAGAUCCACUGAAUACAACUCUUAGGACACAUAGGAUUUCACCCGAUUGUAAACUUAUUUUAGGUUUACCAAAGGUAAAAAUUAAGAAACAAAAGCAAGCAAAAUCGGCAAGCAAUACUCAGAAUGUGAUUGGUGGCGGUAACACAGGAAUUCUUCCUUCACCUAAAGCUGGACCGGCAGUGAUAUCAGCAUCAUCAACAAAUAAGAGUACGAACAAAACAUUUUCAAACUCUUUAGAUGUUCGUCAGGAAACUGUUCCUAAUAUUUCUGUAUCACUACCGUUAGCAUUGCCUUUGUCAGUUCCUAUGAAGCCAGUGGUGACUGAUUCAUCGUUUACUAAAUUGACUAAAACAUCCAAGAUCACUACAUCCAGCAUCGACCUGGGAGUAUUUCUCCCGACACUACCCGCGUCUUCGGAUCCCCCUGCGGCGAGUGUGGUGCCAGUGCCCGUCGCGACUCACGUGUCGGCUCUGAGUCAGCCGCUCGCUUCUCCGCCCCCCAAGAAGAGGUCAAAGACAGAGCGCAAGUAUUUGCCUGUGAAGGACAGAGAGUACAACCCAGACAAGCAUUGUGGUGUGUGGAAUUUAGAAACAAGUAAGCAUUGCACACGGUCGCUGACUUGCAACUGUCACUCUCUGUCUCAAAGACGAGCUGUUACUGGACGCAGUAAGACAUUUGACAACCUGUUGGCUGACCAUCGUGCUGCAAAGGAAACCUUGCUACUAGCUGCUAAACCAAAUGUGAUCCAGGUCACUCAGCAAGAGAAACAAGGAAAAUGUCCAGCUUCCAUACUUAAAUCAAGCUCUCUUCUUAAGCAGGAUGUAUUGCCAACACAUAAUUUCCAUGUAGUAACAUCGGGUUCCGCUGUUACUUCUGUACUAAGUCAUCGUCAGAAACCUACUGCCUUACCAUCGUUAUACUUUCCUGCUUCUUCAUCACAGUUACUCUCCGUUAACGCUUUGGAAAGGACAAUAAAGUCAUUAACACCGGCAGUUAUAGGCCAAGUGACAUUAGCAAAAUUUCCUCCAUGCAAAAGUGAUUCAGCUGAACUUACAGGAAAGACUGACACUGUGGUGAGAACAAAAAUUGACCACUUACCAGCAGACAUUUCUUGGGUUAAACGUCAUCCUAAGCCCGUAGCAGUAUGUUCAUUUUCUGCUCACAAAGUGGGAACUGUUCUGUCACAUAGUAAACAAAUGGCAGUAGCACGCAGGAUCCUUAGAACAACUCUAAUUCGUGGGUUGAUUGAAGUUCCACUUGCCAGCAACACUUAUGCAGCACCUCUGCAAGUGAAUCAUACUGCUGCAAAUAGUUCUUCUAAAGGGAACCUACUAGGAGGUAGCAACAUGGUUCUAAUUACAAACAUUACACCCAAAUCAACGAAAGUGGCACUGUCUUGUAGUUCUUCUAAUAAUAAAAAUGUUAAGUCACUGUCAUUGACCACCGUUGGACAAAAAAUUACAUCAGUGAAAGCAAGUUCAUCAGAAUCAGCUUUGAAGAAUGUACAACAGUUUCAUAUGUCAACUGUAUUAACGCCUUGUUCUAAACAAAAUGAUACAGUUCAGCACAAAAAGAAAGGUCAGGUAUCUCGUGUGAAGCGAAGUCAUAGUUCUGGUUCGGUAGAGGUUGUGGGGAGUGUAUUGUCCCAGAGGCACAGUGCAAAAUCACGUGCCAAUCACAUGCCAUUAAUGACUUUGUCCAUUUCUAAUGGUGUGAGCACCACUACCUCAGGGCAUAUCAAAAUGGGGGAACAGAAAGUUGUGUUUGUUCCUCAGGGCGCUCAAGUGUCAGAUCGAUUUUUUAGUAAAAUACCAAAAAGCAUUUCAUCUAAUAUUGCUAUAGCACCAGAUGCUACACAAGUUUCCACCAAGUUAACUGGUAAGUCAUAUUGUGUUGCAGUGGAACCUAGCUAUAACAAGAGUUAACAUUAGUGAAUAUGUGAAUAUAUGAACUUUAAAUAUAUCCAACAAUUGUAUGUAUCAUCUAUAUGAAUUCUUUUCAUUAUUUUUUAUUUUUAAUGUAAAUAUAUUUAAUCAUCUGCAUGUGUUAUGACAAGGUUUCAUUGUAUGUUUAUGAAAAACUGGUCUAAAAUGACCACUAGUCUAAAAGAACAAUUGUACCAUUAUUACAUUGCUUAGUUCAUUCUAAUAUUUCUAUAAGUUUGACAGUAGAUAUUAACAAAUAUGCAUGCUAUACGUAACUAAUCACUUUGGGUGUUAUAAUAUGCAAAUAUGUUAGUAAAAAAUGUCCAAAUGUUGGCUUUGCAAAAUAUCCAUGAUCAUGGGGUGUUCAUUUUUUUUAUGGUUCCAAAAUUUAAAAACUGUUAUUAUAGCAACAUUAUUUAUUUUUCCUCAAACAUGCAGUUUUAGCAAACUUAAGCUCACAGUUAUAAAUUUUUCUAAAUUGAUCUCUUUCUCUCCUUAAAUUUACAACUAUUUUGGAGUACAGGUGAGUGAUUGCUAGUGCAUUUUAAUGUCUUACUUGAUAGUUUUUGCUAGACAGUGGUUUUUUUUUCCUUUCAAAGUGGGGUAUUUUCCCCAUUUUUAGGACAGUUUAAACUUGCUGACAGAUUUUUUUCAAAAGAAGUUUUUUAUAAUUUGAUUAGUUUUGUACAAAAAGAUAUAAAAAAUAAUAAAAUUUUGGUAAGAAAAAAUUAAAAAAAUUAAUAUCUCUUUUGCUUGAAAACUUUUAACUAAUUAUCAGCCUAAAGAAGUAAAUCCACAUACCCUUGUGAGACAUUGUGGAAAUAAAUAUUGUUUAGAGUACUUGAUAAAAGGUUUGUCAUUUUAAAAAGAAUUUCUUUAUGGAGUAAAACAGUUUAGUUUAGGUAUAAAACUGUAUUUCCUUCUUCAUUAUUGGAACUCGCUCAUGGUUUUUUUAUGCUAUGUUACACUGCUGCCUGUUUAAGGUAGUAAAUAAAUAUUAAUGGUUGACUAAUGCAGAAAAGUUGUUUCAUUUUUUUUUAUUGGAAUAUGUACUGGGAAGGAAACAGCAUAGCAAAGAUUUUUUUCUCAUUCAGAAAUUAAUACUGUGAAAGGUCAAAGGUGUUUAAAAUAUGAAAUAAUAAAACCAUUGAUUCUGAUAUUGUGAUAAAAUUGGGUCUCAUAGUUGCUUCAGGUCUGAAAAACCUGUAACUGUCAGGAUAUUUGAAAGAGAUCAAGGAAAAUAUGGCAGUUGAAUAUUUUGGUAUUUUUUUAUGCAUAUUUAUUUAAAAAGGCUAGUACACCAAUUCCUCACUUAGCACGACUAAUGCAUUCAUAAAAAUGUUUGUGUUAUCCAAAAUCACGUAUUCUGAAGCAUUGGUCCCCAUUAAUUGCAAGGCUAAUUUACUUAAUGUGUUCCAAAAUAUGUAGGGAAAUAUUCUUUACGUAAUAUAAAUGCAUAGAUUAACACUCAAUGAUAAAUAUGUCACACCAUUUAUCUUUAUAAGCCUACCAUUGAAAGUUUUGUGUGACAAAUACGACACCGCAUAACACGAGAUAGUUAUCGUCAGUCGGCUGGUUGGCUUGCCUGUCCGCGAACUUACCAAACCAUCCUUUACUGGCAGUGAAACCGAUAUUACUGUCCCAAUAUUUACUCUUUUUUUUCCUUCAAAAAUUAAAGUGUUUUUUGUGUAUCACCGCUUGGUUCACACCAAUCCUGUCAGGCCUGUGAUUUUCUUUCAUUGCACCAUUAACAACCUCUUCCGUGUGAAUAAUCUGUUAAUUUCUGUUCCGGUAUGUCCAAUAUAUUCCCACUAGUACAACCAACAGCAUCAGACUUAUCUAAACGUUUGAUAGAGCCCUUAUUUCUAAUGAUUGUGCACACACUUGACUUGCUUAAAACUAAAGUGCGACCAACAUAAGUGUGGCCUUCAUGACAAUCUGCAAGCCUUAAUACUUCUAGUUUUGUCUCAAAUACUUGUCAUGAUGCAUUAUGCUCUCACUUGGAAGCCAUGAUUCCAACUGCAGGUGUUUGUGCGUGCGAGUUCCCUGCCACUGGGUAGACUGAGUUCAUCAUGGCUCAAUCUGUGGCCGGGCGACAACAGUACGACCCAGCGGCAUACACACAGACAUAAAAACCAUUUGGUCCUUUACACUCCAUAGCCACAAUUGAACUUGCCCUAGCUGAUGUUUAUACAACAGCCGAUAGCAUUGUCAGAUGUGCGUGCACAUUCAAGACUGUAAAAUGUACAGUAAAAUGAACAUUUGUGCUAAAUAAAUUUGCACAAUCUGAAGAUGUGCAAAGUGAAGGAUUGGUGUAUAUAAUUUAUAAAAUAAAUACUGGAAAUUAUUCUUUUUUCAGGCAUGAUAAAGUAUAUUUAAUUAAAUAUAAUGUACAAUUACAUACAGAUUAUUUACACAAAUAUGAUUUAUAUUUUAGAAAUAACACUGAGCAAAAAAUAUCAAAGUCAGGACUUGCAAUUUUGCUGUAGCAUCAACUAAUUUUUCACAUAAAGUUUGUCAAAUUUUAUUUAUGCCAAGUUAAACAUUAUCAUAGCUGUUGUAUUCCAAAUUUUACUGUUUCUCUGUAUAACAUUUAUUCAUGUUAAUACAUCUGUGACAAUUCCCUAGCUCUAUUGUUGACUUGUAACUUUAUCUGUGAGUGGAAUUCACUGUUUACUCGUGAAGAAAGUUAUCACAACUUUAAGUCCAUCUAUUCCAUAUCCUGGGAGAUUAACCUAAACAUUGUAGUAUUGUUAGGUUUUGUUAAUUAAUUUGUGAUACAAUGGUAAUCUCACUCUUCCUUUCGUAUUCAGCCAUCUUCAGUUUGUAUUUGCAGUUUCAUUAACCAUGUUAAUUUUUUUUUAAAGCCUGUGCUUUUUACUUUUUAUUGAGAAUUAAAUUUUCAAAAUGUUCUCACUGCAUUGUUUGUGUUGGUUGGGUCUGUUGAAAGUACUAACAAAUAUCGGACAUCUGAAAUUUGUAAUAAUUUUUCUAGGUUAUACUGUAAAACCAUCUUGACUCGGACCGGGGUUUUUUUUGACCCGGACAGCAUGCAGACUAUUUUAAAAAUAUUAACUACCAACUCACCAGAUGUGCUAUAAAGAUGAUCAUGGCAUUGAAAUGUGCUUAAAAACACAAGAUAAACUGCUGUACGAGUAUGAGAAGCAUUGCUGUAUUUUUUGUCUCAUCACUUAAAGGAAUACCAAUAGUUCACUUCUUAAAAAAAUACAUUUUUGUCCAACUAAGGUUUAUAAGAUUUGAUAUUUAUUGAUAAAGAUGUUAUAGUUGAUAUAAUUAUGUUCAGUAUUUUCUCGUGAACAAGAUUUUGAUAGUUAAUUAAAAAAUAAGAUAUUCGAGGAAAAGUUAAUCCAGUUUUAACCCGGACACUUCAACACAGUGAGAUUCGGACCUGUGAACUCUAGGCAUUAUCACGUCUGCUAGCGCACUUCCUGCCAAAUACCGCAAUAUAUACAUUUAGAGGUGAGUGCAGUGUCUGUCUGUUAACCAGUGUUUACUUGAGUCAUGUUUUUAAGUUUUAUUUAAUAAACUUAUUGCUGUCAGUGUCAUUAAUUAGUGUUCAAUGAGUGAAAAUGAGUGAAUGAUAUGAACUUUUGCAAAAAAUCAUUCAGGAAAUUAAAGACAAAAUAAUAUCACUUAGAGCAGCUGCAAAGAAAUGUUCUUUACCAAAAUCCACUUUAAGUGAUCAUGUUUCUGGAAAAUACAAAGGCCCUCACGGCAAACAGCCAAUAUUUUCAGAAGCUGAAGAAAGGGUUUUUGCUGCCCAUGCAGCUAAAGUAGCAGAAUUGGGUUUUCCUUUCACUCGACUCGACGUACGCCUUGUUUUGAAAAUGUAUUUGGAGGAGGAAGGCAGUCAGGUUCCUGUUUUUAAAAAUAACUUUCCUGGAGGAGAAUGGGUUAAUGGAUUUUCGUCCAGAAAUCCAGAUAUCAGACUACGCAUGAGUAGAAACAUCACCCAUAGGUGAGCAAUGAUCAACCAUGAUCAGGUUUCAAAAUACUUUGAAAACCUUAAAGUGACUAUUGGUGACACACCGCCAGCCAACGUACUAAACUGUGAUGACCCUGGCUCAUCAAAAUGUAUUUUUAAACGGGGUACAAAAUACCCAGAGCGGAUUCUGAACAGCUCAAAAAGCUGUAUCUCCCUCAUGUUCGCUGGAACAGCGAGUGGGAAUUUAUUGUUUCCUUAUGUCUGUUACAAGGCAGAAAGAAUGUAUGACACUUGGGUGUCAGGUGGCCCACCUGGGGCUCGUUACAACCGGUCAAAAUCCAGAUGGAUUGACGAUACAUUUUUGGACUGGUUUAAAACCAUUGUUUUGCCUUGGGUAAAGUCUUGUGAAGGUAACAAUGUUGUCAUUGGUGACAACCUUUCAGCACACUUCUCUGAAGACGUACACUUUGCGAGUCAAACAAAAUCAAAUUUGUUUGUCUUCCCCCCAAUGCAACACACUUGUUGCAACCCCUCGACGUAGCUUUUUUUAGGCCGUUGAAGGGAGCUUGAAGACAGAUUCUCCUAGAAUGGAAACUGCAAGCAGACCGCAGACUGAGCAAUCUACCCAAGCAGUUGUUCCCUUCUCUAUUGAAAAAGCUCUGCGAGGCAAUAUCGCCUAAUCAGCAAAAAAACCUAGAAGCUGGGUUUCGAGCCUGUGGAAUUAGUCCACUUAACGCCGAACAUGUUUUGAGGAAACUAGUAAAGAAACCAGGAACCCAAGUUGAGGAGUCUCCUACUAAGAAGCCAAGGCAACUAGUAGGAGAGGUAGUAAUUGACUUUUUGUCUACUCACCGCCAUGACACUGGUGACAACAAACCUAAGAGGAAGAAAAAAGUCAAUGUUGCUCCAGAACUCAGCAUUUCAGCUCAAGAUAUCGAGGUUGCCAAUCCGAAACCUUCAUCCAGCAGUGUAAAAUCGAAGAUUGCAAAUCCAAACAAAGAGGGGAAGAAAAUUAGAAAGCGGCUGAGGGAAUUGUCUUCAUCUAGUGAGGAGGGACAAUUCUCUAUGAAAGACUCUUCUAACGAGUUUCUUUUAUUGGACACUGAAGAAGUUCCUGAUGACGAACUUGUCUUCAAGAAUCCAAGUGUUGGUGACUGGUUGUAGGUGAAAUUCGACAGCAAGAGAAGUGAGAAAUACUUUGUGGGGCUGGUGGAAGAAAUUGUUCCUGAUGGACUCUUCAUGCGAUUCGCCCGAAACAUGGACACAUAUAAUUUCGUUUUUAAGUGGGCAGAGCCAGAGGACAAAAGUGUCAUUGACUACGAACAAGUUGAGCGCAGUCUCGGACUGCCAGCUUUUAACUACAAAAACGACCGCUUGGUGUCCUUCAAAUUUAAAUACUCAUUUGAUGGCUAUAUUGUCAAUUGAAACUGCAGUUGUUUCCUAGCAUUAAAAUUGAUGUUUUCUUUUUUUGUAUUCAUUAUUAUGUUUGUUUUCAUGUGUGGUACAAGCAAGUUUUUAUUACUCUAUGCCCCCUCAUAUCGUAAGCAUUAGUCUGAAACCCAUAAAAAAUUAUGUAAACAGUUUGGUUUACGUAUUAGCGGGUCCGAGUGCGGACGUAGAAGGCAAGUUUGUUUUUUAUAAUGUUAUUAAGGUCAGUGUCCGAGUCAACACCGUUUUACAUGGUUGACCCGGACACAUUUGUUUUUAUUUUAUUCUUUGACGUAACAUUUAAGAGGUUAAAUAAGGCUGAGAUUUAAUAAAUGAACUACUCUUCAAUUAAUGGUAAAGGUUGUAUUUGAUUAUCUUAACCUGUAACCUACCUAUGACCCAAAAACCAUAAAAAAGUGUCCGAGUCAAGUCUGUUUUACGGUACAUAUUUAAUCACAUUGACAAAAUUCCCUUCACAACCACAAUUUCUCUCAACUAUAUUAAAUUUGAGUGAUUGAAAAUGUAAAUAAUAUAUUCAACUAUGAAUACAAUGUAUAAUUACACCUUUAACCUCAACUAGCUAGCAACACAUUGAUUCAUUGCAAAAUGUACUUCAUGAAAACAAUGUUAAUUUUUCUGCAAACAUAUUUAAUUAUUCAAAUGCUGCAAAGUCCAUAAAAUAUAUUGCAACAAGUGUAGGUAAUUGCACUACAUAUUGAAGCAUCAGCAUAUGAGGACUGAACUUAACAUUGCCAAAAAUGACAGGAAUAUUGUACACUUGUGGAGCGCAACAUGAUAUAGCUAUAGAUUUUCUGUGUUUAGGUUUUACUAUUUACUAACAACAAUGUGAAAUAGAAUAAUUUCAUAUUAAAUACUUAGUUCCUACCUACCAUCAAAUAGCAUUUAAAUAUUGCAUUGUUAAAAACCGAUAGCUACAUGCCUGUGUUUUAUUUAGUUUGCACAUUCAGUGAAUGCAAGAUUUAUUACCUAAGUAUCGGAGGCUUACAUUUAUACUCAGUACUAUCAUUAAGGCCUAGUAUCAAUGGGUACAAGGUAUCAAAAUAUCAAAAAUUUUACCUCUGCCUAAAUAAUACCUAUGAAUUUUAUUCCAGGAUAGUAGUCCAGGGUUGGCCACCUUUUAAUAGUGAGGGCCAAUUAAAAACAUAAACUCUAGCAGGCUAAUUUGUAUAAUGUGUAGUCUUUUCAAUAUCAACAACAUCCAUACCACCUGAUUUUAUGCCACUUUGGUUUGUGAUGGUGCAUAAAAGGAUGUGUUUAAGGCAUUCACCAAAUUAUCAUUGACUCAUGAUGACUGCAUGUGAACAAUGAGUCCAUAUGACUUUGCUAUCACUUUUUCUCGUAUACUUUCAUGUAGAGUGAAAUAUCUCAAUUAUUUUCAAAUUCGUUAUUCAUAGAAUCAGAGUUACUGAAGCCAAACUCCUCAUUAAGUUAGCUACUAGGCCUCUGCGAAGUCAGAUUUUUGAAUAUGAUUACGAAUAGUUUAUUAUUCGUAUUUGUUUUGACUUUGAAUACUUACACUUUGAAAUAAUGAAUAUUCAAUUGUUUACGAACAUUUGACAUAGCUUAUGUCAUUUUUGUCAUAUGCCAAUGCUCAAUGUUGAGGUUAAGUCAUUUAUGUGAUAUAAAUAUCCAGUUAAGAUUUUUUUAAUGGGACAGCAUAAUCAAAAACAUGAACAAUACUUGGCAUUUUAAAUACACAGCAAGUAUUAAAGGUUAUUUCAAAACUCUCUCGCAAAACAGUAGUGGAAAAAUUAGUUUGUAUAAUUCAAAAAAAUGAAAAUUUGUGACAUUUUAAACUUGAAAACAAACUUUAAUUUGUAUUUGUUUCAUCACAUGAUCCAGUAGUGGGAAAAAAUUAAUAAAAGUCAACAACCAUGGACUACAGCACAAAACAUGGACACUUCUUGUGAUGGCCAUCAAAAUAAAUGAAUGCGAUAGUUGCAACGGUGUAAGAAUCGAAAGUCAUAAUUGAGCUAUCUCCAUGUGACACUAGCAAUUUACUUGUGCUGUUGGCAUAACUUUUCUGGAUCAAUAUGUAUAGUAACUGGUUCUGGGAAAUAAAGCAAAUAAAAACUGAGAUGAAAGGUUGGUUAGGUUAGGUUAGGUUAACUGGAUAAAAACAGUUGGUCACUGCAACCAAGUGCUCGGGUUCUGCGCCUCGGGACGCCCUUCUCUUAAACAUUAACUUAGUGGAUCUUUGGUGUGACUAUACCCUUUAUUUUAGAAUAUUUUAUUUCAACUCUUGACAAACAUUUUAUCCUACCUUGUUCACAAGUAAGUUUUUGCAAAUUUUUCUUUAGAUUUAUAAAAAGGGAGUAGUUAGUGCCUUUUUAUUUGUCAGUCCAAGAGCUUAAUUUAUGUUUACUUGGUUUUUUGGUAAUCAGAACUUUAAAUUAGGUCAUUAUUUAAAUUUUUAGAUUUUCCAGAAUAGAUGUCUACCUUCAUUGAUGAUAUUAAAACACUUCUGCAUAGUAUCUGCUAACACUCCUGAAAUUUAUGGUUCUGUUUCUUUCUCCUAGUACUGUACCUACUUCAUUUUCUUCCCUUUUGCAUCUCUGACAACCUGGAACAUGUUAAAAAAAAUCCAAUAAUCUAGCACACAAACCCAGGAACUAUGUGUAGGACAACCUUUAUUUUAUACCAGUCAACUAAAGCUCAGGAAAGCAUUAGCCAAAAUAUUCUCUUAAUUACUUUUGCUUUACAAUUUUUUUAGUCAAGCCCUGUCAAAUGAUAUUGUAACAUAUUUAUUCCAAUUGAGUUAUGCCAUAAUUCUAGGCUGACCUCAUAGCAUAGACUGUACCUUUUUUAGUAUGAUAUGUGAUUUCUAGCAGUUAUGAUUGUGUAAGCUUAAAACUUGUGUUUUAUGCAGUAUGCUUGGAAAAAUAGUGAAAUGUGUGUCAUCUCAAUCUUCAAGAAUCAUGUGGGAUCUCAAACUUAAAAAAUUCAUUUAAACAUAAAUAUUGUAUGCUGAGAAGUUUUUAAGAUUUUACCUUUAUUUCAAUAAAUGUUUCCAAAUCCUGUGAUUAAUAAGAGUCAAGCUUAGUGUUACAGAAAUAUAAAUUGCUAUCUCAUAACUACUUUAAACACCAUUGACUGAAAUAAGCUUUUUUUAGCACACUUAGGUAAUGUGUUUUAUGAUCAUUUUAACCCUUAAUAAUGAACACACUCUUUAGCCAACAUGUUUUAAUUACAAAAUAUUGUUAAAAAAAACAUUACUAUUUAUAUUCUGCAUUCAGUGACAUUAGGCGGUAUAUGAAACACAUUAUUUACAAUUAAAUAAUUGUAUGGUGGUUGUAAAUAAAGUGCUCAGUCAGAAAAUCUUAUGAAAUAUGGACACUUAUUACUAGAAUUAAAAACAAAAAAAGUUGAUGUGUGUGUAUAGUAUGUUAAAUAAAAUUGUAUAGUGUAUUAGGUGUAGUAUUUAUUCAGUUUGAAUCUUUGCAUCUGUGAAUAAUGUGUUACUUUCACACAUUUCAGGGGUGUGACAGUGAAGAACAUGUUGUCACUUGUGACAUAAAAUAUAAUGCAUACUUGUAAUGCGUAUUGAAUUUGUGUUGACUUAUCAUUAGAAACAAAAUUUUAGGUUUUUUUUAGGCAAAUUUCAUUUUUAAAACAAAAGAUUUCUGUGGUAUUGUUUCUAGUUUUUAUGAAUUAUUUUUAUUCAUAAAGAUAGCAUAUUAUCGAACAAUAAUGAUACUUGGAUGUUCCAUGAUACUUACUGCACCAACACAAUAUAAUUUGGACUGAUAUACGAUGCAGGGAGGGAAUGUGGGCGAGUUGAAAUGGAGGUUUGGAACACAGUGUGCAUGGAAGGGCACGUGGACUCAGGGCUGGGCUCCAAGUCCCUACAAGUAAAUCUGAUCACGAUUGUCCCCUGAGUCGCACGUACCUGUCCCACGAUCGAACACAUGGUCACUCGAAACAGCGAUAGAUUAUGGUAAGAGGGUUUUUACUGAGUGCACCUCUUUACAAUAAUACCCAUCUAACAAACAUUGAAGCAGGUAGAAAGCCAACGGCACAUACUUGGUUCAUGUUGCGGACCAGGCCACCUCAUGUCCUGGUCUAGAGUCAAGAGUUCAUCUAAAAAAUGGUAAAAAAUCCGUAAAGGAAAUAAAAUAAUUAAAUCAUCUCGUGUACCUCUUGGAGCGGGCUUCAAAGCAACAAAAAAAGUUUUAGAUAAUUUAAUAUAAAUGGCGGAUGUUAAGAGAUAAGUCUUACCAAGUGAUGAAAGUGACCAGAUAUGACGAUUGCUUCCGGCUCGAAGAGGCGACAAUGAGGGACUGACAAAGAGCACGACUCACGGCCGCAAGGGAAACUAUCCCCCCCCCCUGCCACCUUUCCCCCUUCAACUGACCGUUAGGUUAUAUUUGAAUUUGUGCUGAAAGUUAAACAAAUGAAACCCUUUUAAACAUACGUGUCAUUUUAAGAAACACAUUGGAACAGUUUUAGCCUUUACUUAAAUCAUGGUAGUAUGUAUAAAGUUAGAUAACUAUCCUUGUGAGCACGAGUGUUCAGUUCACUUGGUGCAUGGUCCAACUCUGUUCGUAUAUUUACCCUGAAAACAUGAACACCUGGGGUGUCAACUAAAAACAGAAACACAUGAUUAAAUGAAUAAAGAAUAGGAAAAUAUUAUUUCAUGAUUUUAGUUGUAUUUCUGUUUUAAUUUAUUUAUUUUAUGGUGUAUUAAUUUGCUUUAUCUCAAUUUACCAUAUAAUUUUGUCACUAUUUAUCACACAUACCAAUAUUCAGUAGAUCCUCAAUAGAUGUGAUCACUAUUGCAUCACACUUGUGUGAAGAGGGUCAUGGGUUCAAUUUCCGGCAUGACUUGUUUUGUGAGUGCCAAGGUGGUGCUAAAGUAGUUUGGAACCCACAAUAAUCUUUUGAGUUUCUGUCAUCUUUAUUUGUAUGUUUUUAAGUACCAUACAUUAUUUAGUAAAUAAAUGCAAAGAAAAAGUUAUUUUUUAGCUUCAGAUUGGCCAGACAGAAAAUAAACCAAUCAACAAUUUAUUACAAUAACUUCAUCUGUGCUCACCAUUGCUUUUGAGAACAUUUAAUUUUAUGUUAUCAAGAAGGGAAAGAUUACCAAAAAAAAAAAAAAAUUGGUUGUCUGUAAAGCCGGUUUACGGACGAUAGUUUAACGUGACGUCAUAACAAAACAUUGAUGAAAUGAUUGCAUACUUUUAUGAAUAAAAUUGAAUCAUUAUUUAUUUUAAUAAUAAAAUAAUAAAUACUUGAAAUUAUACUAGUAAUCAGAUUUUUAAAAUGCAAGAAUAAUUAUCCUUUAUUGUCGAAAUUGUUGUAAUAAAAAUGAAAACCACAUUAACUUUUCGUUUAAAUAUAAUUAUGAACAAGUUUUUAUAUAAAUAAACUGUAAUCAAAUAUCUAAAAUAACCUAUUAUUACUGCACUCGCCAACAGAUGCUACUUUUUUUAAUAAUAAAAGAAUAAAUACUUGAAAUUAUACUAGUAUCAGAUUUUUAAAAUGCAAGAAUAAUUAACCUUUAUUGCCAAAAUUGUUGUUGUAACAAGCAAUGAAAACCACAUUAACUUUUCACUUCACUUUAUAAACAGUCGACAAAACAGUUCACGUGUAGAUGUAAGUUGUGUGCUGCCGCUGUCUGUCUUCUACUCGGACGCAUAGGCCAAUCGAGUGGAAGAGAGAUAGAUGCGGCGCAAGCGUACAAUGAGCGUAAUGGAACAAUGAGCGUAACGGGACACAGUGUGACGGAACAAUGUGCGUUACGGGACACUUUUUCGUGUGUGCAGCCGGCGUUUGUCGAUUUAUUAGACGUCACGUCAAAAAAUUUGUUAAACUUUGAACGUACAAUUUUAAAUUUGCAUUACAGUGACAAUAUGAUGGCCAAAGCACACUGCUAUAUCACUGGUAUAUUCAACAUAAAGAAGUACUUUGGAGAUAGUGUAAUAAAUACAGCUUUGUCACGAGAGACCUAAAGUCUUAAACUGUAGAAAAGACCUAAAGUCUUAAACUGUAGACAAAUCAUUCUUCUCGAGCUUGCGAGGUGGAACCGCAGUGUUGCUGGAAAUGUGCCACAUUCUUCAAAAUUACAAACCAUGACAAAGUUCUGACUGUCUGGACUGCACACACAAAGAGUGAUUCAGACUUAAGGCUGACAAAAAUAAAUAUUCCGUUAUUGCAGAAUUGUUUCUGACACUUGUUGAAAUGGGUCUGUCUAUUAAGGACUUGAUCAUAAAUUUGAUGAUAAUCUUGAGAUAAUUUAAAAGGUUUUGUUUAAUGUGCUGGCUGGAGUAGUUGUUUUAACUGAUUCCUGAGUGAAGUUUCACAGUGUGUUCUACCGUGGAAAUAAAGCCAGAAACAUCAAGGAUACUGUUUUUUGUAAUGACAAAUUUUUUCUAUAUUUUAAUAAUCCCCUAUCCCCAGCAUUGCUCAUUGUUAUUCCAGGAAAUCAUGUUACACUGACAUUAUGGAUGAACUGGUAUUUGAAUCCUGGCUAUCCAAAAUGUGAGUCCAGUACACGAAAAUGUAUUCACAAAAGAUUAAAACAGAAGUAAGUGACAUUGUGUGAAUUUUCAAGCAUCUUGGAAUCUAUUAUGAACCUUUUGUAUGUAAUUAGAGUGGCAGUCUAUUGAAAGUGUUUAGAAUACAUAAUUUAUUCCUUUUUGUGUGUUUGAUUGUUCAUUGAAAUGAGGAGCAGAUUUAUGGUAAAUGUUAUAAAGAGGACUAUAUUAAGUCUAGUGACCAUUUCCUCAUUCAGAUAGUGUCAAGAAAAAACCGAGCAGACCUUCAGUCAAUGGUUUUGACAUGGAGCUGACCAAAUGGAUUUGUAAUACAUUUUGUAGCAUUUAAGUGUAAGAAGAAUUUGUGUAUUUGGUUUGACAUUGACUAUACCCUUCCUCAACCUUAAUGCAUUAAUGAAUAGUUUAUGUUUCGGUUAAAUGUAUUUUCUUAAGGGUUUUUCUUGAUAAGUGAAUUGUAAAAACUUUUGGAAAUUGACACCAAAAUUUUUUUUGUGAAUUUGUUUGGAUUAUUUAAUUUUUUUGUAUAUUUAUUAGUAAGUAUUUUGUUAUCUGUGUAAUAUUUUCUAAUGUAUGUUUGAAUUUGUGCAUAAUGUUAUAUUGCUUUGUAUUGAUGUAUUGUAUUCUGACCGGCGCAAGGGUAGUGCCAGCCGCUUCGCUCUGCAGCCCAGCUUGCCCUUAGCUCUCCGUUCAACUUGUUUGUACGUUUUGUAAUAAAUAUCCAAACUGUCGUA